AUGACAACUCGAAGGGAAAAGAGAAAGGUGACCAAGAAUCCACCAGUAACAAGAUAUAAUCUAGAUCCAACUACUCCCGUCCAUCGACAGUCACUCGCGACGACUCCUGCUAUGGUUGAAAACAGGCAGCCCGAAUCCACUCCUCAAAUACGUUAUGCCAUUCCCGAUCAACCACAAAGACCUGAGCCAUCCUUAAACAGAAACAAGUCUGAGCAUAAAGGGCAAAGCGAUUGGCUGAUUGGUUUCUGCCAUCAUCCAGUUGGUGAUCAUAACACUGUUUUCGCCGGAAUAUUCGCUCCUUGUGCUCUAUAUGGAAAGACUCACUGGCGGCUGAAGAAUGUAUCUCUCGGUCGAGACCCCCAUGACUUCAAGCCUUCUGAUGGUUUCGGUCUUACUGUUAUACAGCGUGCCCGAAUACGUGCUCAGUACAGGAUCGCCGGGUCAGUGGGGGAUGAUGUUGUGAAGGCAUUAUUUUGUGGCCCAUGUGCCAUGAUGCAACAUGAUCGAGAGGUGCGUGCUAGAGAAGGCGAUGUAGGGCUAGUGAAGUCUUCCGACCAAAUGUCUCAAACUCAGCCCAAAUCACCGCAGCCAAUGAAAUAUCCCUUACCACGAGCCACUUCAGCCGAAGACCCUGGAGUAGAAUCCAGGAUAUUCAAGCAAGAACCAUCUCAAAAAGUACAAAAGCGUUCUGCAAAGUCCGAGCUUAAAGAAAUCCCUGCUGAAGCGAUACUGAGUGCUGGCGAAUUAAGUAGCCAAUACACUCGAGAAAACGAAAUGGAGGCAGUAAGUAAUCUUAUUUUCAUGCAGAAUCAUAGGAAUACUAUCAACGCUGUCAAUGCUAGCGCAGGUGUGGGAAACGUAGAUGGCUCUUCAUCUUCAAAUCAGAGAACCAGAGUGGGCUGUAAUAGAGAUAGUCUUGCCAGCCUUACAAAUUGUAGUACAUUUGUAGGUGAGCUGGAUUCAUCAGGAUCUUCGGAGGACGAGGAUGAUUUGAAAGGUUGCGAGAAGCUUUCUAGGAUGCCAGCAAGAGGACACCUCUCCUACGUUCAUGACUUCUCUGAUUGUUCCGCUACCAUGACUGUUUUGGAUCAUUAUGCGGAGGAAGAGAGGGCUUUUCGAGAGGAUGGAACCAUCCGCUGUCUCGUCCACUCUGGUGAGACAAAUCCUAACAAACCUGCCUUGAAUGUUGUUACUACACGGUCGACAAGAUCUUCUAGUUCAAGCACGAUUCGGCAGCAUACCUCUCAAGAAGAUGCCGUUGAAACAUUGUGUUCGGAGCCCGUCAACCAGAAUCGAAUUUCAAGCUAUUCCGUUGUACCUAGAAAGUCGUCUAGUAUACGGGACUCGUUGAGACAAAACCGACUAGCAAGCUGUCCAACUAUACCCGGGAUGUCCACUCUUGGCACAUCUGCAAGCUCAGUCAAAAAAGAUCGCAUGCUGAACUGCACUGUCGAGACAGCACCUCCAUCGAGCUCGUCUUCUUCGGUCAUGCAAUAUGACAUCUCAAACUGUAAAUCGGACAUCAUGGAUGAUUCUAACCCCUCAACUCCUCUUAUGCAGUACUCCCAAUACUGCCAUCUUUUGGACGAGAGUACUCUCGUAUUCGACUCGCCUAUUUCUAGAUCACCAUCGAAAUCUCGAGCUUUCAGUUGUACGGCUCUCAGCCCUGUUGCUGCUCGUGAACAACACCCUUUGGCAGAUUGCUUUAACGUAUCUGGUGACUUGAGUCCUGCUUCUGUCAAACAGCAUCGUGUCUCGAGCUGCUGUGCUUCGAUUCCGUCUGGUAGUAUAAAUACAAAUGAGGGGUAUGGCUCUCAUAUGUUAGAUGACUGUAACUUCACGACUGAAUCUUCCACGCCUAUUCCUAAAAAGCAGCAUAGGUUGACGAGCUGUACGGUUGACGACUCUUCGUCUAGUCGUAAAAGUUCGUCGGCGAUGGCCUACUUGAUGGAAGAUGGAUGCCUGCUUUCUGGAGCUGCCAGUCCUUUCACGCAACAUCGUGUUGCAAGCUGCGGCGAAAUCAGUUCCGCAUCGAGUGGUCGGGCCAGUGGUGGGAAUUUGAUAGAUAUGAAGAAUGAAUUUGAGGAUGGUUGUAUGUCAUCGGGAUCAUCAACUCCUAAGAUACGUCAGCAUCGGGCAGUAAGCUGCAUCGCUCCUAGCACCAUUGCUGAAUGCGCGGAGCAUUUACUUGACGAUUGUGAGUACGAUUCUAAUUUAGCCAGCCCACUUCUGCAACACAACAUCACAGGCUGCGACACCACUUCGGUAGCAGAAGAAGAAAAGGGACGUUGGUUGGAGGAUUGUGCAGCAGAUUCUAGCCCUUCUACUCCACUCCGACAGCACCGUAUUGCAAGCUGCGUCGUUUCUAGUCUUUCAAGCAACAGAGAUUCCGUGGUAGAACAGCACAGAUUUGUUAGUUGUCCUGGCAUCAUACCAGAUGAGAGUAGUAGAUCACCGGACAGAUCCCAUGAUUCUCAUCAUCUUUCCCAUGGCAUCCUCGUCGACACCAGUGAAAACGAUCAAUCCACUCACACGAAUUACGAAGAUUGUCUACACAAUCUGGACGAAUGCAUUACUCCAGCUGAUAAAGGCAAGAUGGAAGCCCAUGCAAGUCGAAAUACCGAGUAUGAGAAGUAUAGCAUGAAGGUUGCUCAUCACUUCCACGAUCAAGCUAUUGAGUUCAAUGAGAAGUCCGCUCAAGGGGAAGAGACUCGGAGAUCGGAGAGUGAUUCUCAACCCACGCUCGCUCAAUUUCUUUCCGUGGACGAAGAGAACAAUCUCAGAAGUGUUACUCAAAUAGACGGAGAUGGAACCAUGAGCAUAGCUAGUCGAAGCAGCAUUGUACCCCCCACACCUUACUCAUCACCUGCCGCACCGUACUCCCCACCCGCUACGCCUUUGAAUAUCUGCGGCGCUUAUCCCUUCACACCCAUCACGCCUCUGAACAUUAACAAAGAUAAGAAGAGAAUACCAUCAGAGCAAGAUUCGGCCGGAAGUGGAUUUGCUAGCUACUUUGGAUUUGGUAGCUCGAAGAAGACACAAGGCUUAGUCAAUGGCGUCGGUGGCAGUAGUAUUAAAAGAGGAGGAAUUGGGAGUUUAAGUAGAGGCAGGAAUCUGGUACUGGAUGAGUCGGUGCCGGUGGAAGAAGUGGAGCUGGACGAAAUUUUGUUUAGAGCAAAAGGGCGGGGAUGGAAGUAA